AUGAAGAACACCGUCCCGGAUACUCGGGCCCAGGAGAAGGCCUCAAAGGAAGCAAGGGAGAAGGAGUUGUUCGAAGCUCUAGAUGAGGCUCUGAGCUGUGAAAAGUGCCAGAUCGCGGUCGCCAAGGACAUCAUGGCUAUUGAUAUCAACAAUGGCAAUUAUAACGUGAAGCACUACCCGCCCUUCUUUCAAAGCAACGUCAUAAAUGACGAAGGCAUCUCCCCCUUUGAUACCUCCGAAGAAUGCAACGAUCAAACAUAUUGGAAACAUAUAUCUCAACUCCAACGACAACGAUACUAUGAAAUUGUCGAGCAAAACCUGAACAAGUUGCUUGACCAGACCAAGGAAAUGGACCCGGAGACGGCGCUCCUCUUUGCCCAUUACCAAUUAGACUACCACAUUCGUCAACACUAUCUCGCCCGUCGGGGCGUUCUAGCUCUCUGUCGUGACACGGCCGAUUUGCAGCAGCUCCGCAGAUGGCAAUGGAAAAUGUCCGACAUCGACUCGGCCAUUUUAUCAAAACCAGCAGAGAUUGAACUUACCGGAGCGAGACAGUGGGGCUGGCCAAGUGACCAGAAUCUCGAAAUGACCCACCAGCACAUCAUGUGGAAACGUUUGUCGCGGGCUCGACUGAAGCGUGUCAGAGAGGUCAGGGCUCGAUGGGCUAUUAUUAUGGAGGAGAGACGCAAGCAGCGCGAGCUACUUCUGCUUAAACAAGGAGCUACGCUGACAGUACGGCUGUACUGCCGCGGAGAGCUGUGGGAUAUUCGAACGCUGAAGAAUUUUGUAUAUCCUGUUCCCAUCACGCCCAUCGUCCCGAAUGUACGAGUGGGGAGGGUGACUCGGAGUAUGGGACUCUGA